AUGCUUUUUGAUAUAGUUUAUCUUGUUCUCUUAGUUGCCGUUCAUGGAUUUUCACCACCUACUCUUGAAACGGAUAAGGAAACUCAGCAUGAUCCAGCUAUUGGUGAUUUUGUUGAGUUGGAUGUUGGUGGCGAGAUACGAUUGACAUGUUCUGAUGUCACUAAUGAAGCUGUUGAAUUCCUGUUGCCAAAUUUGACCGAUAAUCGUGGAUAUUCCGAAGAGGAUUUCAACUCUCGGUACAGGAUAGAGGACGUUUCUUAUGGACAUAUUCUUCACAUUAUUGAUUUAAAGGAAAGCGAUACUGGGACCUACACAUGUCAUUCCAAAGACGAUCCUACGUUAAGCUCAAACAUCCAUAUAUUUGUUCGAGGAUCGAAGGUGUUCGUUCCGGCCAAUUUUUCGGGUCUGGUGAUCAGUACAGCGGAGUUCGUCGUACCGUGUAAGACCUCAAGACAUGUUUCCAAGGAUGAAGUCGAGUUACGGGUAAACGGAAAAGUAUGGAAAUCGGCAUCUAAACACUAUGAUCCAAGGCAUGGUUUCAAAGUGAAUAGCAAAAAUGCUGAGGACAAAGUCGUAGAUCAAUUGUCGUUUGAGUGCGUUUUUAAAGGAUAUCCGGCAGAUUCGGCUACAUUUUUCAUAGUUAUCCAUGAAGCUCAAAAGAAUGAUCUCGAACUUGUAUUUGAUGAGCCUGAUCCGUGGCCUUACGUUGGCGGAUCAUACACACUUAUUUGUACUCUGAGACUCCGAGGAAAGGGACGUAUAGAGAACAGAUAUCAGUAUCAUCUCAAUUUAACCUGUCCAAGGUGUACGCUUUCGGAUGUAGUUCACACAAAAUCUGCAAGGAAUGACAUGAUUUCUCAUACGAUUUCGAUUGGAACGUUGACUUCAGAUGAUAGUGGAGAGUACGCUUGUGGAUGGUAUUAUGAUCAGCAACUUAAUCAGACCAUUUACAAAAACGUCGACGUGUCUCCGAAGAAGGGACAAAUUAAGGUACUGAAUAGAACACCUCAAGAGGUUAACGUAAUGGAAGGCAAUUCAAUUAGUCUCUCUGCUGAAUUGGCCGCAUUUCCGGAAGAUUUGCCGGGAUUCAACGCUAAGUGGAUCAGAAAAUAUGUCAAACCGCCAAAAAUUGUAAAUGAGACGGAAAAUUUGGUCAGCGAUAAUGAUCAUCAAAUCGUUAGCGAAAGAUUAACUGGAGGACGAGUUAACGAGAGAAUCGCUAUUAAAAAUGCUGCUACCGAUAUGAGUGGAGUCUACGUUUUAACAAUCGAGUUACUGGAUACUGUGCGAACCAUCGAAUGGAAGGUGAACGUCCAGAAUGAACGCAUCAAAGCAAGGAUUGAUGUAAUGUCACCGAAUAGUUGGGUGGUAUUCGAUCAACAAUACUAUCAGAUAGGCACACCGUUACAUGUGAACUGCCUUGUCACUGCGAUACCUCUGGCCGCAGUUCAGUUCAUGAGGCGAAGGCCCGGCUCGCCAUGGAUUGAUGUGGAUCGUUCAGAAUUAGUCGAACUAAAGGGUACAUAUGAGAGUGGAUAUCUGUGGAACACUACUGUACAGGACGAUCUCGAUUUAAAAUGCGAAGGCGAAAGAAAUGGAAAGACCAGUGCAGAAGUUAAGCGAGUCCGAGCUUCCGAAAGUGAGCCGCAUGUGAAAACAAGUUGGACUCGUUCCGUUCAUUCCACGUCACAAGAGGAUCCUAAGGAGAUCUACGAGGGUGACAAUGUAGAAUUAACAUGUACCGUGCCUAAUGAUGAGGAAUGGAAUGUACGUUGGGUAUUUCGGGAUCAUAAUAUUGUGGAUGUUUCGACCACGGUUGAUGCACAUUCACGACAGUUAAUCGCAAAUAUUAAUAACGUCACCGGAAGUAACGCUGGCGAGUAUACUUGUGUGAUGCAAAAGGGCAAUCAAGAAAAGCGUCUGAAACAAAUCAUCUCAGUUGUCAAAACUGUAAAACCGUAUCAUACACAGUCCGAUCCGGAAAAGCCACGGCUUCUCGAGUACGGUAAAGCAGCAGAUUUUGAAUGUAACAUCGACGGAACUCCACGACCAGACUACAGAUGGCUCAAAGAUGGGCAUUCGUAUGAAGGUGGAGAGCAGUCUCCUGACAAUCGUCGAUUACAUAUCGCAAGGGUUGCCGCCGAGGACAAAGGAGAAUUCGAGUGUGUGGCUACAAACAGAGCUGGGACGAGCGUUUACAAGUUCGCAGCUAGGGUAGAGGGAGCACCAAAACGAGUUUCUAGUUCAUUCCUAUUUGUGAUUUUUAUGCUUCUACUGGGACUCCUGUUUUGCCUCAUCACGGCCCUCGUGCUUUACUUCAAGCAAAGAAAGAAGGCUAUUGAACAAGAGAGAGCUCUAAACGUGCUCUAUGAACAACUGAUGAAAACCAGUGAAGGUCCUCCACCGAGUGGUCCAAAACUUCCGCUGGAUCAACGUAUUUAUCAACUACCAUACAAUCGACAAUACGAACUUGAAAGAGACAAUCUCGAAAUUGGCAAUAGGCUAGGAUGUGGACAAUUUGGGCAAGUAUGGAUGGGAUGGCUGGCAAAGCCUCGUGUAAGCGAUUCUAUGGCUGAAAAAGUUCGACUUCCUGUGGCUGUUAAAGGUCCCUUGGUUGGCACCAACGUGCAACACCAGAAAAUGCUUGCUGAUGAAUUGAAGAUCAUGUGUGCCAUAGGAAAACACCCGAAUGUUCUGGCUCUUAUUGGUGCUAUCACUAAAAAUAUGAAAGGCGGAGAACUCUACGUGGUUGUAGAGCUCUGUGAUAACGGAAAUCUCAAAGAUUACCUCUUGAAGUACAAAAAUAAGUUCAUAAACGAACUAAAACAAACAACACCUCCUGAUGACGGCUAUCUACGCCCGGAUUCAUCUGUUAAAACUCAAUAUGCUUCUGAGCAGAUCCCCGACUGGUCGAAUGAUAUGGAAUCGGAUCGAUUACUUUCCGACAAUACUAUGUUAGCUACAAGUGACUUAAUUUCAUUUGCAAUGCAAGUUGCAAAUGGAAUGGAAUAUUUAUCCUCAAUACCGUGCAUUCACCGGGAUCUCGCUGCAAGAAAUGUUCUACUCACUAAUAAACGAAUAUGUAGGAUUGCCGAUUUUGGUAUGGCGAAAAAUGAGAACAAGAAUUACUAUAGGUUACGCAAGAAGAAUGUGCUCGUCCCCUUCCGGUGGAUGGCCAUCGAAGCGAUUCAGGAUGGUGUUUACACUUUAGAGUCCGAUAUCUGGUCGUUUGGUAUUCUUCUUUUCGAAAUUUUCACACUUGGUGGUCUCCCUUAUCCAACAAUAGCAAAUGAAGAUCUUCUUUCAAAACUUCUCGAAGGACAUAGGAAUUCAAAACCCCAAUAUUGUCAUGACGACAUAUAUGAUCUUAUGAUGAGAUGUUGGGAAAAAGAUCCAAAUGAGCGGCCUAAUUUCACUCAAUGUAUUCAUCAUUUAAAGGAUCAGUUGCGAAAAGCCUCACCACAGCUAUUGGAGCGAGUUGAGUUGGACUUGGGUGAAGAAUGUAAACGACAGGAUGCGUUGUCUCAAUGGCUUUCACCAGAACCGGAUUCACGUGAAGGUAUUAACGGAUUCGGUACGAUGACACCAUCCUCGCCCAAGCAUACUGAACGUAUUUAUAUUAGCGAAUUUUCACGGUAG